UCCGGAGCGCCGCUGCCCCCUCCAUCUCCGGCCGUCCGGCCUCCGCUCCUUUGCCUCCUCCGGGCCCCCCCGCGCCCCGCCCCGCCCAGACGAGAUGAGCUUCCUCUUUAGCAGCCGGUCCUCCAAGACCUUCAAGCCCAAGAAGAACAUUCCAGAAGGCUCCCACCAGUAUGAGCUCCUCAAGCAUGCAGAAGCCACGCUGGGAAGUGGGAACCUGCGGCAGGCCGUCAUGCUGCCCGAAGGCGAGGACCUCAAUGAGUGGAUUGCCGUUAACACCGUGGACUUCUUUAACCAGAUCAAUAUGCUCUAUGGGACGAUCACUGAAUUUUGCACAGAAGCAAGCUGCCCAGUGAUGUCUGCAGGCCCCAGAUACGAGUAUCACUGGGCCGACGGCACCAAUAUCAAGAAGCCAGUUAAGUGUUCCGCUCCCAAGUACAUCGACUACCUGAUGACGUGGGUCCAGGACCAGCUGGAUGACGAGACCCUUUUCCCAUCUAAGAUCGGGGUCCCGUUCCCCAAGAACUUCAUGUCGGUGGCCAAGACCAUCCUGAAGCGCCUGUUCCGCGUCUACGCGCACAUCUACUACCAGCACUUCGACGCGGUGAUGCAGCUGCAGGAGGAGGCACACCUCAACACCUCCUUCAAGCACUUCAUCUUUUUCGUGCAGGAGUUCAAUCUCAUUGACCGACGGGAGCUGGCGCCUCUUCAGGAGCUGAUUGAAAAGCUUGGCUCAAAGGACAGAUAGAGGGCCCCAGAAGGACGACCCCCAGCCUGACCCAGCCCCUGGUCACCCCUGCUGCAAGGGGUCACUGCCUCUUGUUCAGUUUGGGUGCCUCAGUGGAACCGCACCUCUUUGUCUUGCCUGGAGCCAGCCAGGCCAAAGCCUUUGCCCCUCUGCUUUGGGGCACCCCUUGGGGGCAUCCUGGGUAGUUAAUCCUAGUUAUUUCUUCUGUCGCCUGCAGCCUGUGGAUUUGCUGGCUGUUACUUGUUCCCGGGUGGGGUGGGGGGGAGGGCAAGGGCUCCGACGUCCUUCACGGGCUUUUCUUUUUAAGCAGAAAUUCUGAUUCUGGGUCCGACACCCCCUUUUCUCCUGUUGCUUUUUACGGUGUUCGCAGUGCUGGGUGGGGGUAGGCCUGGCAUUUAACACAUCCCACCCGCCAUCAGUAGACUCAGAGCUUUGGGAAAAGGUCUCGAGAGAGACGCUGGGGCAGCCUGUCCAGAACUUGGGAAAGGAUUGUUUUAUUGUUCUACUGGAUCUUUUCUCCUCAAAGGAUGAGAAAAAAAAAUGUCCAUCUAUACUUUUAGAGUGUGCAGGAGCAGUGAAGGUAAUGACUCUUCUGAUAGGCUGCACCUCCUGGGACCCAGCCCACUGCUAACAGGUGGCCCACCAGCAACCAAAGGAAUUUCUGACCGAGACAGGACUUGGAUUUUGGGCAUUGAUUCCCUCAAGGGAGGGAGCAUGGUGCUUUUUUUUUUUUUCCUUAAAUGAAUUAUAGGAUUUCUAAAUAUAGACUUUAGUGUGUGAAAGGGCCCAGUUCCAAUUCACUGAUGCUUGGGAGCUUUUGCGUUCUAGGAAGGUGGGAGUAGGGGGUUUUUUUUUUUUUCAAAACAGAAAUGCCCUGUGUGCAGAACCGGGUCUCAAAGACGCUCUCGUUGUGUUUUUGUUUUUUAAUUUUCCACAUUUGCAAUGCUGGAUGAGAAGACGAUUCCUCAUGCAUUUAGUACUGCUUGAGUUCUAUUUGUUUCAAGUUUAUUUGGUUCUGUUUUGAGUUUUUCUCCAUGCACUUUGAAUGAACCUUAACUGCCUUAAGGAGGCCAUUCACAUAGGGUGGAAAGGUCCCGCUACUGGGGACUCCAGGGAGGCCACGGAGAGGAGGAAGAGGAGCCCGGAAGGGGGGGCUUUCUUUGAAGGGCCACUGUCUAAGGGGCUCCCUUACAACAGUCACCCACAGGACAAGUUGGACCCUGGGGGAAAAGCAUCUCCUUUGUGUGCUUAGUGUGUUUUUGUAUCACAUCAUUCUGGGCAAAAUGUAUUUUCUCUUUGAGGGAAAAAUCUUUUCUAGUUGGUUCCUAAAGGGGAGGAUAACAGUGAGUUUGUGGGAGAAGCUGAGGCUUUGGAGUCAAAGAAUGUGGCUCCAGGUCCUGCCGACGCCGCCCUUGACUUAACCUGUGUGAUCUGGGACAAGCGUCUUCUUUUUUCUAGGCCUUCUUCUUUCUCCUUAAAAUGAGGUGUCAGGCUCGCUGGGUAGGGAUUGAGGACUGGCUCUUUGUGGAGAUAACACCUCUGACAGUAACCGCCUGUGUGACCUUGGGCACGUCAUCUAGCCUCUGUUGGCCUCAGUUUCCUCAUCUGUAAAAUGUGGGGAUUGGGCUGGAUGCCUUCUGACGUCCUUUCCAGCUCAGGCUCCAGGAUUCUCUGACCCCGUGCUUCCCCAGGGCUGAGGCAGUGGGUGUUGGGCUGGCUUCACCAGCAUCCCCCCAGUGGGCAGGCCCAGGGUUUGGAGAGGCCGCUGGGCAGCCAUCUUGAUGAUGUCCAUCAAAAGAGAGAGAGGAGUAAUACCUAACCAUCAGUUUGUUUGGGUUCCACCUGUUUGUGUCAUUUAGUGGAACCAUCCCUGGAGCUGGACAUACUUACAGAAAAUGUUUGUUAAGGUUUCCAGUAAAACCAUCCAUCUUGACCAAAGCCCAUUGGGAAGGUCCAUCAUCCACCAGGGAGAUCACAGGCCCUCCGCACUGCUCCCCGGGCAGUCGUCACCCAUGUCUUGCCAGAAAGGAUCCACCCAGUAUGACAGAUGCCUUCCCCUGGUUCCUUUCGCCUUUCCCACACCACCGGUGCAGCUGUCCCACCUGUGAGCCCUCACAGCCUUCGUGACAACUCCCCUCCAUGUCCAGGCCUUACUUACUAUGGGUCUCACCAUUGCUUGGUCACCUCUCUUUGAUUCUUCUGUGAGCCUGGUCUGUGCUGACCAGAAGAGAGAAUCUUAAAUGUGAACUUUACAAACACAUUUAAUCCCACCAGGACGCGACCCCCAAAGGAUCCAGUGUAGCUCAUUUUUCUUUUUCUUAUCCUCCCCACCCUUCCCCCAUCCAUCAUUGCCAGGGUUGUAUUGUUCGGCAGGUGAUUGGAGGGGGGGCAGAUGGCUUUCCCCCAUGCAGCGGCGGAUCAUCGGACUAACCCAACAGUGUCCUGCUGCUGAGUUCAACAGUGAGCAGAUUGUCAUCCGCAGAGUUUUUGAUCAGGUUCCAGCUUUAACUUUGCGUUGCUUGGCUUGAAAACUGUUUCUUCAAACUUGCAGGGGAGGAGUAUGUAUACCCAGCUGCUGGCUUGGUUUCUAAUCUUUUCCUAGUUUUACAUUAAAAUACGUAGGAAGUCCCCCAUUCUCCUGUAAAAACUCACCCGAGUCAGUAGCAUUCAAUCUGUGGAUCAGAGGUCCAGAAGGAACCAUUAACCCAAUCUAUCCCUGCCCAGUUCAGUGAUGCUCUCUCUCUUUAUAGCUGAGAAAAGGAAGGCACAGAGAGAAGCAGUGAUUUGCCUGAGGUCACACAGCACGACCCCGGUCAGAGCCUGAGCCUGGGUCUGCAGGGCCCAGCCCAGGAUUCUGACCACUAUAUCACAUUCUCUCCUAGGUGCUUAUAUACUUAGUCUUAAGAUUUCAAGCUGGAAGGGGGCAGUACAGGGUCUGUGACCUGGCUGGGGUCCCAACUUAGUGUUUUUAUCUGUUUGAAUCAUUUUAUUCCAGUAGAAUCAGUUGCCUUUGUAAUCCUAUGUAUUUUUUUUUAUGCAUUUAAAUCUAUGUUUCAAAGGGGUGCCCAGGUUUCAGAUUGCCAAAGGGGUCCUUGACAGAAAAGAACGUUAAGAACCCCUUUAUUUGAUAGAUGAGGUCGGUUCCCAGGCCAGCCUGCGUAGGUAUUCUAAUAUUGGGCACUCCUGCUGGGGGAGGAGUGGUCAGCUGGCCAGCUCUUCAUGUGUAGAUCAUUUGUUAAGUGCUGCAUUUAUUGGUUAGGGCUUGCCGAAGUCUCACAGGGUCUGUGGAUUGGAAGAACCUCUCUGAAAAGCCACUGGGGGCUUGUAAAAUGAUGCCAUUAAAAUAUGAGACAGGUCCGUUGUGAGUGGAAGCCUGUUGACAGGAUCGUAACUAAAACAAGUAACCUAGCCGACAUUCCUUUGACUGGUAGGAGCCUGUCUAGAGAAGGUGCUUGGAGACAGUGAACAGGGUCCCCUUGGUGGAGAGGCUGUAGGGAUGGGUGAACCCAGAUGACCUCCAGUGCCCCUUUCUUACUCCUAGAAUAGGGUUUUGGGUAUCCAUCUUAACUUUCAUGAAGACUGAGGAGAAAGUCUUUGACUUGACCUAACCAGAAUUAAAAGACAGUGUAAGCCAGUCUGUAGGGUAGAAAGAAUAUUGGUGGUUAAUGAGAACUGGUUUCCUCCCUCCCUCCUUCCCUUGGUGCUGUAGGCUUGCCCCAGGUACUGGGCAGGUGCUGUUUCCAAAGACAAAGGGAACAGGGCACAUAUAGGCCACUAACAGUAGAGCUGGAAGGGACAGCUCCUUCCUCCGGAGGCCUAGUGGGUUCCCCAUGCUGCUUGGUCUGGUCUUGUUGUAGAGAAGAUUCCUGUUUGAGGAUGGGCUAGACUCAGUGACCCUGAGGUCCUUCCCGUCUGAGGUUCUGUGGCCUCCUUGCCCGUCAUGCUCAUUACACAGGCAGGAGCCCAGGCCAGAGUGGCCGUGUGAGCUCCCUGUCCAUACCCUCUGGUGCCCUGUCCAGUGGAUGGGCUUGCUUCUAGCGUCCUAACCAAAAAGCGAAGUCGGUCACAUUUUUUUCUGUCUUCCUGCGUCUUUAUCAGGGCAACCUCUGGGGAGAACGGUGUGAAUUAGAAGAGGGGAAGCUGCCUUAGAAUGCCCUUACUUCAUUUUGAUUUUCAAUGUCAGUUCCAGAAAAUUCUGUAUUCAUUCAGUGGUGUGUUAGAGGGCUAAUUAGAUUGAAGAUACCACACCUGAAAUCCACUUGGGUUCUUUUCUGUUAAUACCACAUUCUGUUCCUGGAGAGUGCUCCGUGAAUGAAAACUGGUUGUGAGCAGUGGAAUACGAGGACGAGACCUGGGCAAUGCGCCAGGUGGCCCGUGCAUCCCUCCCACCAGGACUGGUUAAUGCCCAGCCCCAGUUCUGCCACUCUUACAGAUGAAUCGCUGCCUUCAGAAGUAGUCUGCCUGAGCUAACCUUGGUUCUGACCCAGAAAGUUUUUAUAAUGUUUUUUACAUCAAUUCCAGAAGCUUUAGUGACUUUCCCUCCGUAAGUUCCCUCAACUUUUUAAAAGAGUGUUUUGUAUCGACUUUUGUAACUUUAUUUUCACUAGAAUAAAGCAUGUGGAAAGAAAACAA